AUGGGUGAAGAUGAAGAAGAAGACCCUGAAGAAAACCCUGAAGAAGACCCUGAAGAAGGGGAAACAAUGAAGGUGGCACGAAUUUGGUUUAAAUCUCUCCAAGCUAGGAAAGAGGCGAAAGUGAAUGGAGUUCCCAUUCGUCUUGUACGUGCUGCGAACCAUCGGAUUGUUUUGUUAGUGAGAGGCCUUGAUCCUGAAAAGUCAGAAUCAGAUAUCAAGGCUCAACUAACAAAACAUUUUGAUUCGUGCGGUGGGAUCAAGAAAAUCUUUAUUCCUAAAGAUGAAAACGGUCGCUGUUUAAGUUUUGGAUACGUCUUUAUGGUUCAGGAAGGUCAUAAAGCAGAGAUGAAGGAUUCAUCUGUAAUGGAAGGUGGUGGUGUGAUCAGGGUCUCAGAUUGCACCCUCCAGGCGAGGUUUAAGAAAAUUAAGGAAAAGAUGGAGGCGGAGGGGUGGGUGAAUUCUGAGGAAGAGGAAGAGGAAGAGGAUGAGGAAGAUGGGAUAGUGUUUGGGGAUGAAGAGAUUGAGGAUGAUGAUUCAGAGGGUUCUGAGUAGGUAAAUAAAUUCAGAGGAUGGUUGGUUUAGUUAUUAAGGGUUUGGUCAUUUUGUUAUAGACCUAAACAAUCUAUCUAUCUAAUUAUAAAGUA